AUGUCGUUUCGUGGCUCAUCACAUGGCGGCUCUUCGUCGAAUCUUUAUCCUGACGCCAACAAUUUCAUGGAACGACAAAACGAUUCGUUGGUGGAUCAAUUGACCGGAAAAGUUGCGGCGUUGAAGAAGAUCACGAUAGCGAUCGGUGACGAUGUUAGGGAGCAGAAUCGUUUGUUGAACGAGAUGGAUUCCGAUUUCGAUGCGUCAAGAGGUCUGCUCGGUACGACAAUGGGCAAACUGGGCAGAGUGGCAAAAGCGGGUGGCAAGAAUUUACUCUGUUAUUUGGUGCUUUUCUCGUUAUUUGUUUUCUUGCUGAUAUAUUACUUAGUUCGUUGA